UCGCAUGAUUUGCGGGGACGUAGUGAAUUCCACUCACUCCAUAAAGUCCUGACGUCUAUUCCAUAGACACACUUUCGUUCUUCUGAUAUCAACCCAGCUACCUGUACUUGUAGCGAAGAGACCGACAGACGUCCAUUCCACGACCAUGGCGAGCAGUCCGCUGGUCCAGUACGCGCCCAUUCUGGUGGCAGCCUUGGCUCUCUUGGGUGGUCUCUAUGUCUUCCUCAACCAGGAGAAGAAGCCGCGAUUCAAGAAGGUCCUGGAUCCUGUCAACUUUCAGGAAUUCCCCAUCUCCCAAAAGACCCAAAUCUCCCACAACACGGCCAUCUAUCGCUUUAAGCUGCCCACCGAAGACAGCAUCCUCGGCCUGCCCAUUGGCCAGCACAUUUCCCUCGCUGCCGAACUCGAUGUCACGGAUCCCAAGACCGGCAAAGUCGAGCGCAAGGAAGUCGUUCGAUCCUACACCCCCAUCUCCAGCGAUGAACAGCCCGGCUACACCGAUGUCCUGAUCAAGAGCUAUCCCCAGGGAAAUAUCUCGAGACACGUUGCUACCCUGAAGGUGGGAGACAAGAUGAAGAUUAGGGGACCCAAGGGAGCCUUCGUCUACACCCCCAACAUGUGCCGCCGCAUUGGUAUGGUGGCAGGUGGCAGUGGCAUCACUCCCAUGCUGCAGAUUGCAGAGGCCAUCAAGCGAGGAAGAACAAAGGGCGACAGGACAAUCGUGGAUCUCAUCUUUGCCAAUGUCAAUGAGCUGGACAUUCUGCUGAAAGAUGAUCUCGAGGCACUUUCCAAGGAGGAGGGUUUCAACGUGUACUAUGUCCUCAACAACCCUCCCGAGAACUGGAAGUACGGGACAGGAUUCGUCACAGCGGAGAUCAUCAAGGAACAACUCCCACCUCCAGCCAAGGACAUCAAGAUUCUGAUCUGCGGUCCACCACCUAUGGUCUCUGCCAUCAAGAAGGCUACCGAAUCCAUGGGAUACGACAAGGCGAGACCUGUCAGCAAGCUCGAGGACCAGGUCUUUGCUUUUUAGAUGUCAGCUUGUUACCGGCUGUGACCUCGCGACCACGCACACCUCUGCUCUGCUGGGGCACGUGGAAGCUGCAAGGAGGAGCGUGGGGGCUGGCGUCGUACAGGCUCUACUGAAAAAGGUUGCGAUUGUGAUACAGUGACUGCUGCGUUCGAGCGCUAGAUGCUGGCAUCCGUACAUUGAUGUACACUCGUGGACGGCGUAGAUAUGGCGAAACUGACGACAAGACUUGCAUCUUUGCAAUUUCAGAUCGAGUCCACGACAUUGAGAGCUAAUAAGGUACCACCAAGAGACUCGAGCGUCUUGAAGCCAGUGACUCGCAGUAGCAGCUGACACAUGUUUACCCUAUCGCUUCUCCGCCACUGAUCUAGAGCCGAUGCUGCUAUUUCAUCGACAUGGAAGCGAGAAAGACAUUGGUUCUUCCCAUAUGCAGUGUCAUAUGACGGAUGGGCGGCAGGAAACACAAGACAUGGCCCACUACUCGCAAACAUAUCCCCAGCCUUCAUGUGCCCACAUCCUUUUGGUCAAGGUUCAACCGGCUAUAUGGUAGGUUGGUAGGUAGGUAGGUGGGUGAUCUUGACAACGCUGCAUAGGUACCUAAUGUACCCACUGGCCGUUUCCGCUCUGUCCUUUGAGGGCACUACCAACCUAGGAUAUGACGAGACACAUAUCAUUGCUCAUGGACAUGGGAUGUCAGGGGACAUACACAUACACACACAUACAAAGAGCAGGCAGGCAGGCAGGCAGGCAUUGACACGAUGGAGAAACAGUGCUUCUUUCAUAUCAAAA